CAGCCUGGACAACAAUGGCGCUGAAGAUGCUGCUGAACAUACUUCAACUGUGGAUACUUAUGUGCCCCUCUGUAAGAGCUGGUGAUUCAAGCGUCAACGAAAACAUAACCUCACUUAUCCUGAGAUACGAAGAAAUGUAUUGUGGAUCAAGCUGCCUCGAAACAACAACACCCCGCUCUGAAGAUUCCCCGAACUCUAUUCCAGCAAGAGCAUUUCUACCUUCUCCAAAUGACACACUUGCACCUCCCCCUGACUAUUUGUGCAGCACUUGCUUUUGUGAUUCCGAGUGCAGACGCUUUGGUGACUGUUGUUCCGAUCUGUAUAUUGGUAAGGGAGACUUUGAGUUUCAGUGUGAGGAGAUCAUUUCGGCAACAGGUACAUCAAUAUCAUUAUUUGUAGUGACAAAAUGUUCGCCACGCGAUGAAAAGUACUCGGAGGAACUUUCCAGCAAAUGCAAUACCCACAGCAGACUAAACUACGACGAAGAAGUGUUGGUUUCUUCUGGGAGGGAAAAUCGGACAUCACUAACGUUUCGAAAUAAAUAUUGUGCACGGUGUCACGGAUAUGAAGACUUUCAACCAUGGACUGUUGAUAUAUCAUGUAAAGAUUUACCAGAUGAGAUAAGCGACAUUUCCGAUCCAGCUGAUAUCUUUACAAGGCUCCAGAAAUCUCAAGUUUGCAAGGUUGGUCAAAAGAAACCCAAAGACAUUUCAACUCGGUCAUGUUCAGCGCAGUCUCUGGUAUCAGAUUGCAAUGUUACAGGAGCCUGGCAAGAUUCUGAUUCUGAUAUUGAAGCUGCAUGUCACGCUUAUACUCAUGUCUUCAUCGGCCAAUACAGGAAUGUAUUCUGCUAUAUUUGUAACGAGAACGAAAAUAUGCAAUUUGAGUUCUAUCUUGGUGGAGGCUCUCUUCAAAUAGUUUCGUUGACGGGAAUACUGCAGUUUGAGGAAGACCAAGCUGAAAGAACAACGCCUAGGACUAAAUGUCCGAGGGAAGAAUAUGAUGACAUAUUUACAGACCGAUGUCUCAAGAUCCUGUGUCCACCAUUCUACCAGCUACACAAGAGAGAAUGCACAUUUCCAACGGGCCUGCUCGACCGUCCUUUUACUCUGCAGUAUUUUGUCCAGUUACACCUCAUUCCUAUGCACGGUGAUUAUCUACACCUAAGAAAUGACACAUUGAACCCGUUGCCUGGGGAACUUCAGAAUUACUACAGAUUGCAAGGUACGCUGAACGGCUGGCAUCUUCACAAGUUAGUUGUCAGAUUGUACUGGGAGAACUCAUCGCUUGUCCAUGGAGCAAAGACCGAAGACGUUCUUCAUCAUACGACAAAUGAUGAAGUUGUCUGUGACGACGGUCGUCAUGGGAACAUAUCACACCCAGAUGAACAGUACAUCAUCUCCAGGAUAGACAUUGAUCUCUACGCAUCCUAUUCAAGGGAAGACUAUGCUAAUUUCUUUGAAAGCUUCUCAAAUCUGCUUUUUGAAGAAUUUUCUAUUUCUGUUGAGGGUAGUAAUAUCACUUACCGUUCUGUAUAUGAGUCAAUGCUACCACAGACACGCCAUACUACAAUUCCCACUCAGUUUUUGUUUCAGGAUGCAGAUGAUUUUAAUUUUUCUAGACCCUUCUCACCUAAGUACGUGAAGCGAAACUGUGCACAGGUGUUGUAUCCUCAAUCAAAUUACACUCUCUUUUCAAACAACAGUGUUAUGCUUGAAGACAGUAAUAUUUUUAUAUCAGGGGACAAUUAUACUCUUACUGAAGAGUUAGGUAUUUUGGUAUGUCUCUCUACAGUUGAAGAUCUAAGGAGGAGAUACGAAGAACGCAUGGGGGAAAAGCGAUCAACUGCUGAGCAAGGAUAUGACAUUCUUACCAUUCUAACAGUUAUCUCUUUAGUCUUUAGCAUGUUCUUCUUGUCCUUAUCAUUUCUUGUUUACGUCAUGCUGUCAGCGUUACGAACCUUGCCAGGUUGCAACCUCAUGUUUUUGAUGAGUUCUCUUUUCCUCGCACAGGGACUAUUUCUUUUCGGCGCAGGCGCAAUUGAGAAUCGCGUCGUAUGCAAGAUAAUGGGCGUACUGAUACACUAUUUUUGGAUGGUCACAUUUGCGUGGAUGAAUGUCUGCACAUUUCACGUUUUUCGUGUUUUUCGCAACAUUUUGUCAUCGGUUAAACUAUCAGACGAUAAAAGAAUCAUCUUAUUGAAAUAUGGUGUAUUUUCCUACUUGACCCCAGCUGUUAUUGUUGCCAUAACCAUUGUUGCGAAUUAUUUCCUAUCUCGUAAGUCCACCAUCGGGUACAGUGACAGCCAUGCAAAUUGUUUCCUCAAUCCUGGCCUCAUCACUCUGGUUGCGUUCGGUAUCCCAACCGUUUUUACCGUCGUCUGUACGGGGGCGUUCUUCGUAUGCACAGUCGCAGCUCUUAGACGGGCGUCAGCUGAUCGUGCCCGGGUGGGAAAGAAAGAAACAAAGGUCAUUCUUAAUUUGGUAAAGUUAUCCUCUGCCACCGGUCUCUCGUGGGUGUUUGGCCUCUUGGGCUCAUUAUUUUCAGUUGAAGCAUUUCAAUACGUAUUUGUGAUCCUAGCAGCGGGACAAGGUGUCCUCAUCUUCCUGAGCUUUGUGUUAAACAAGCGUGUUUAUAAAAUGAUGCUUCGUCGUUGUUGUCCAAAACAGCGAGUAGAACGGCAGAGGCCAACUUCAUACACUAUUUCUGGGACAUCGAAAGUCUCGUCAGAUUCAAUCGUCACAUCAGUGUAAUGCGUGAUAAGUCAUACGGUACACACGCUGAGUCCAUUCGCGGCCAUUGCUUUGUUUGAACCGUAUUCGAAACCCCCGCAGCUAAAGAUAGCCUUCCAAUAAGAUUUCAGUCAUGAUCGAGAGAAAUCCUGUGCAAAGUAAGUGAUAAGAGAGAUACAGACGGUGACGUCACUUCCGAAACGAAGCUUUCGUGGCGAAUGGGGUCCUGGGUAUUCAUAACAUAAAAGGACAUAAUGCCUGGAUAAUCGAGGGUCUAUUGUUCGAGUCAGUGAGUUGGUGUUGACGUCGCUUUGAACAGUACUCCAGUUAUAUCACGGCGUGUCAGCUUAAUGUGGGAGGAAAGCCCGAAGUGAAGCAGAUCUCAGACGUUUACCACUUUGGUGAACCCUACGAGCUUGGGUAUUGUGCUGAGAAACCUAGAAACAAAACCGGGUUGAACAGGGAUUCGAACCCACGAUCAUAAGUUCCUUGCGUGCACAAGCACGGCGAAUUGCGGCGCCUUACGCGACUGGGCCACCUGUGCCCACUAUGUUGGGACGAAAACCCUUUAGAUAACUUCAUUACUUCACUUAUGUUUCCAUUCUGUAGUGUGUAUUUCACACAUUUAUUGGUUAGCAUGUUGAUAUCAUCAGUUUGAUGUAGGUAGAGAGGCGUGUGUGUGUCCGAGGCCUCUCUUGUUUAUCACC